CAGAGCGGGCGCUCAUCGCCACGGAUUGCUGUCGCAUCGGGCCAGGAAAAAAGGCCUGUCAGCCAGCAAUAAAUACAAAAACCACAACGAGAGCCAAUUGAAACCUGUGGCCACUUGUCACACACAUAGCCAAAAGUGCCAGUGACAGUUGCUUGCAACAUUCUUGGCAUCUGUCUCGAGUGUGCGGACAGCAAUAUAAAUAGAGCCGCGUUCCGUGGGCUAAUGACAAAUUAAAUUGUUGGCACACACCCAAAAAAAUAUCUAAAAUGGCUGAAAAAAGAAUAUCACAGCGGCGAGGGCAUUAAAAAAUUACGAACCGCGCGUGUUAAAAGUUUGAGCUGUUAUCAACCGAAAGCAAAACAAGAACAACAGCAAGGACAACAAGAGUAGAACAGCAUUAACAAUAAACUGCGAUAAAAGCAACAGCAGAAUCGGGAAAAGUUUCAUUAUUUCGGUGGGGAAAGUGAGGAGGCGUCAAGGAGGCACAGGCACAGACACCAGGCAAAUCAGGAAGGACAAUGAAGGCGUCGCGGCCCGCCGGCUCAUCCUGCCGUGGCCGCCUCUCGAGGACCUGUUCCCGCCAUCAUCAUACCGCUCCUCAUCAACGGCGGACGUAGGGCGCGUGUCGAGCAACUCCCGUGUCGCCGACUGUUGCGCGCUUGAGUGCCGAAUCGACUUUUUGCCAUUGCCAACAGUUCGAACAUCGCAGAGAUCCAAAGUUGAAGGAGGAGGAGCCAUCGGUGGAGGAUUGGGAAAUGGAGUGGAGGAGCCCGGUUGGUAAAUACUCGAAACUCGGCGGCGAUACUGAGGAGGCAACCAGGAUGACGGCGAACUUCGGCAGCCUUGUUUGCAUUGCAGAUUGCAAUUACGCGCGUUUUAAAUUACGCACAGCGAAAGCCGGGGAAAAGAUAAACCACAGGUACACAGGUACACACGAAAAAGCAUUGGGGAAGCAACUUGAAUGAGCUGAGCUUCAAUCAGGCUGCGAAAUUGAAGAGAUGUCAGGGGUUAACGUGGCUGACCUUCUGGCCACGACAAUGACAUUGCCCAUAACAGCCGCAUCAACAGCAGCAACAUUCGUUGCAGUGAAUGCAACAACAGCAACAUCAACGAACAGCAGCAGCAGCAACCUGCAACCUGCAACAUUAACUAGCCACAUUUCCGCAGCAGCAGCAACAACGCCGACCAUUCUGCCUAUAACAUCGCAAUUUGUGGAUGCCUCGUUGACUUCGCUAUCACUGACAGCCACCUCGUCGUCCUUCUCGUCCUCGGAGUCCCCCUUCGAGUUCCUCGCCACAGUGGGGCCCAAUCUCACGGGCUCCAAUGGCAGUGAGAUUGUCGCGGAGCACCCCGAGGAGCUGGAGGAGAGCUGGAUGGAUCUGUCGAUUCUGCUGCUCAAAGGAUUCAUCUUCUCGUCAAUUAUCCUGGCCGCCGUCCUGGGCAAUGCGUUGGUCAUCAUCUCAGUGCAGCGCAAUCGAAAGCUGCGGGUGAUAACCAAUUACUUUGUUGUGUCGCUGGCGAUGGCCGACAUGCUGGUGGCCCUCUGUGCGAUGACAUUCAACGCCUCCGUGGAAUUGUCCGGUGGAAAGUGGAUGUUCGGACCGUUCAUGUGCAAUGUGUACAACAGCCUGGAUGUUUACUUUUCCACGGCGAGCAUACUGCACCUGUGCUGCAUAUCGGUGGACAGAUACUACGCCAUCGUGCGUCCGCUGGAGUAUCCAUUGAAUAUGACACACAAAACGGUCUGCUUCAUGCUCGCCAACGUAUGGAUCCUGCCCGCCCUCAUAUCCUUCACGCCCAUCUUCCUGGGCUGGUACACCACGGAGGAGCAUCUGCGGGAGGUGUCCCUGCACCCCGACCAGUGCUCGUUUGUGGUCAACAAGGCCUACGCCCUCAUCUCCAGCUCGGUGAGCUUCUGGAUACCCGGCAUCGUGAUGCUGGUGAUGUACUGGCGCAUCUUUAAGGAGGCGAUACGGCAGCGCAAGGCCCUCAGUCGCACCAGCUCCAACAUCCUGCUGAACAGCGUCCACAUGGGCCACACCCAGCAGCCCACCAACCUGAGCUAUCUGCAUCCCAGCGACUGCGAUCUCAACGCGACUUCCGCCCGCGAGGAGACGCACAGUGCCCUGAGCAACUUGGAGGACAUGCUGCAGCCGGCCACCGACGAGGACGACGACAGGGACGAGUGCGAUGAACUGCGAGUGCCGUCGCCGCCGCCACGCCGCCUCAGCCGCAGCAGCAUCGACCUGCGGGACCUGGAGCAGGAGCGGUACGAAAAGGUCACCCACACGGACAGCGCCCCCUCCAUGAUGGCCCUGCAGCAGCAGCAGCCCACCCACAACCAGUUGCAGCCACCGGCGCCAGUGUUCAACCCGCAGAUAUGGACGGAGGGCAAGAUGAUGCCCUCGAAGGAGCUGGAAAAGGAGUAUCCUGGUCAUCCCACGGCGCCGCAGCAGCAGCUCAGCCUCACGAGCGGCAGUGGGAACAGCGAACCGGAGCCGGAGUCCACGGCAUACCGGGUCUUUGGCCUCAACAGCGACGAGAGCGAGUGCAACGACCUGUACGUGGAUACCCACCUCCCGCUGGCCGAGGACAACAAGGAGCUGAAGCGCCUGAUCGAGGAUAACUAUCUGUACUUCAAGCGGCAGACGGGCGGCACCAUCAUCAGUGGUCCUGGCGGCGGAAAAUACGCCGCUCUCAGCGAGACGGACUUUAUCCGGCUGAAAGCAGGAGCAGCGGCCUGCGGAAGGAAGGCCAUCGCAUCCAGCGAUUCGGAGUUCCUGCGGACCAUCAGCGAAUCCCGGGCCCUGCCGGAGCAAUCGCUGCCCAGUGGCAAGGAGAAGGGCUUCAACAUCCUCUCCCUGCUAUCAAAGACGAAGCGCUCGAGCACCGAGUGCUUUGCGCUGGAGAAGAAGCGCCAGCAGGGCAACACGGGCUCCGAGGGAUCCAGCUUCUUCCGGCGCUCCCGGAACCGGAAGUUGUCGCACAGCUACAACGGAUGCGGCGGCGGCAAGGAACGCAAACUUGAGCGACGCCAGCGGCAGCACAGCGACACGGACUCCACGCCCAACAAGCCGGACAUCCUGCUGGACAUCAAUGUCCUGAGCGAGCAGUCAGGCGCCAGUGUGAUCCAGCAGUUCAGCGAUGGAGUGCAGCUGAUCGACUUCAGCGAGGUGAAGACUCCGCCGGAGAGGAGGCGCAGCGAUGAUGAGUUGGCCCAGCUGGCCGAUUGCUUCGGCGAGUCGCCCCAGCAGCCGGCCACGCCGCCGCCAUCGUUGUCGCCUCCAGAGUUGCCGGAACCGAGUGGCCUGCUCAUCGCCAGCAGCUCGGAGCUGGCCGAGAUCUUUCGAUCCCUGAGCUUUCCGCUGGGCCGACCAGCUGGAGCUCCCCAGCGUCUAAGCACGCUGAGCGACCAGGUGUGCGCUAACUAUCUGAUGUCCCCACCGAACACACCGGCUCCCACGGCCCUGUCCAUGCCCAGUGGAGCUCCGAUGGACUCCUCUUCCUCGGCCAACGCGCAGUCGGCGUCCAUCAAUGUGUACUUCCUGUCGCCGCCGCCGCAUGCCGCCGGACCUGGUUAUACGCCCAGUGACGCCUCCACCGUGUCCCUGGAUGUGGUGACCAGCCUGCCCAUGCCCGUGCCAGUGCCCCAGCCAAAUCCCCAAAUGCCCUCGCAGCCGAGCAUAUCGCCCAAGCCGGAGAUCAUCCUGGACUCCACGCUGUCGCCUGUCGAAGGAUGUGGCGAUGAGCACCGGGAUGUCACGUCGCCGCUGUUUAAGCGCAAAGAUAGCGCAGGCGAAGCGGACGUGAGUGUUUCCGGCGGACUUGGAGUGGGUGGUGGCGGGGGAGGAGGCAAUGGACGCCAAGGACGCUGCAGCAUCCUGGCCGGCUACGAUGGCAUCCAGACCGUGCGCAAGCGACAGGCGUCCGUGGUGACCUACGACGUGAAUGUCAUCAACUUCUCGCAGGAGAACAGCGACAGUCGCAGCUACAUCCCCAUGGGCCGCGUUUCCACCAGUUCAGCAAAGCACGAAUUUUCCAAUAAAUCCUCGCUGAUCCGACGCGGCGGCAUCUGCAUCUUUGUGGAUGAGGAGGAGGCCGAGAUCAUUGAGCAGCGGCCCAGGGGCAUCACCUUCGCCGCGGUGCCCAGUCCGCUGCCCAAGUGUCCGCUCUGCGGCGCCGACAUCAGCAGCACCACCACCGCAACCGCAAACGCCGGCACCACAAUCGACACCACUGAAACCACCAAUGCAAGUGCAAGUGCAAGUGCAAGUGCAAGUGCAAACGCAAGUGCUAGUAGUAAACGUAGUAUUCACGAGCCAACUCCAGAUCUUGGCCAGGGGCCCAGGUCCACGUCCAGGUCCAGGUCGAGCUCCAGUUCCACUCGCUUCUGGCACAAACAAACGGCGGCGGUCACAGCAUGUUGGCAGCAGAGCAAGAACCGGAAGCGCCGCUUCAAGACCGGAUGCAGUCACUGUGGUGCAACCGGCGGCUCCGUGCGACCGGCCAAAGGAUGGAAGGCCGAACACAAGGCCGCCCGCACCCUGGGCAUCAUCAUGGGCGUCUUUCUGCUCUGCUGGCUGCCCUUCUUUCUGUGGUAUGUCAUCACAUCGCUCUGCGGUCCGGCCUGCCCCUGUCCCGAUGUUCUGGUCGUGGUGCUAUUCUGGAUCGGUUACUUCAACUCGACGCUGAAUCCGCUUAUAUAUGCCUACUUUAAUCGCGAUUUCCGCGAGGCAUUCCGCAACACGCUGGAGUGUGUGCUGCCCUGUCUGGAGAAACGAAAUCCCUACAACGCCUACUACGUCUAGACCGGAUAGCGUCUGCAUUCCAACAUCCCGACAACCAAACAUCCCAACACCCCUGCGAUAUGGAACAAUGCCCCUAUAAGUGAUAUUUAAUACUUGAGUGAAUCGUUAUACCAAAGGAAGAAAAACAAAGCAAAGGAAAACAAGGCCAUCGGCAAUACCAGAAGGAUUCUAGCUGGCAGAAUCCUUGGAGCUAAGCAAUACUCAAUGUGUGUUUAUGUAUACGUGUACAAUUUCGUUUAAGCAACGAUAGGGAAUUUAAAUUAAAGUUGUGUUCUGAGCCCUCCAAGCAGCGGUUGCUGGGUCUCUGCUGCCCCGGAACCAUACUAUCCAUAUAUAAGUGUUGUUUGUCCAACUAAACAGGAGAUAUACGUAAAAGAUAUACAUAUGAAAGAAUAAAAACCAAUUAGAAAACGCGCGACUUUAUGCAUAGAGAAAUUUCAAUUUCAAAUGAAAUGUUGUCAAAUGAGUUGUAAGAAACAUGUAAGGUAACUUCGGCUCGUCGGAGAUAAGACACUUUUUCCAUAGAUUAUUCGACAUUAAUUUGUGAACACAUAUUUCUGAGCAAGUUAUAACUGUCUGAGCUCUUUGUUCUCAAUAUUAAAGAUCAUAUUUAAUGAUAUACAAGUAUUAAUUUAUGUUAUAAAUCAUAAUAUGAAAAAAAAUAUUUGGCAUAACUGUUCAUCAGCAAUAUUAUUUAGUAAAAAUUUUAAAAAUCCUAUCUUAUUAUCAGAAAUCUUUUCAAAGAACCAGAAAUCAUGGAAAAAGUGCAAUGCCAUAAUCUUACCUAUAGCUUUAAGUAUCAUAUGUAACCUAGAAAACUAGCAAACCAAAUCUACAUAAUCGAGUUAAAUGAAAUUGAUAAUUAUAAAUUACGCAAUCGAAAUUAUGUAAAAAAACAUAGAGAAUGAAAGGGAAUUGUCUAGGUGACGUUAGGAAUUUUCAAGCAGAAAGACAAUCUACCAAUGAGUAAACAAGAAUGAACUUCGAACAACCAAAAUUGGCAGGCUGUAGGAAAUCUCGCUAUUCGCUGUAAAAUCGAUUCACUUAUUUCAAUUUAGUUAGUUGGAUUCCCCUCUCUCCUGAGUUACGACGACUUUUGUGAUAGUAAAGGAAAUUGAUUGUAUUUCUAGUUGAAUUGGUUUGCGUUGAGCAAGUAAUGCAUCCCGUCUAAGAAUCUAAGAAUCUGUACGAUGUAUGUGCGUGUGUCUAGGUAUGUAAGGCCAUGUAUCGCUAUGUAUUUAAAUGUACUUGCUGAACUAAACUAUUGCAAAUUAAAGUGUGAAAAUAACGUGUUUUAAAAGCUGUUUAAAAUCUAUGUCAAUAAAUGGUCACAUCAGGAAAAUGAUGG